CUGGGUCUCCUGUCCUGCGACUCUGUCAACUAUCUCGGCCAGCGGCCCAGUUGACUCGGAUAACGCUGGAUAACGGCUUCUUUUUGAUGCGCGGCCAUCUGGAGCCUUCCAUAUAACCUGGCCACGGUCCUUUGCAUCCGUGUUGGCUCCCCUCAACCUCCCCACGACCUAGCUCGCUCCCAUGGCUGACGCUAUUCCUGAUGAGAAGUACACUCCCAGCGAGGACACCGGCUCCGGCACCCAGGUCGAGCUCUUUGAGCGUCCCCAGGGUUUCCGUGGAAUCUACACGCACCCUACCACCCAGGUGGCCAUGGUCGGAUUCGUCUGCUUCAUGUGCCCGGGACUAUUCAACGCGUUGGGCGCGAUCGGUGGUGGUGGACAGGUGGAUCAGACGACUGCUGCUAACGCGAAUGUCGCGCUCAACUCCACUUUCUCGGUUAUGGCCUUCUUCGCUGGGUCCAUCCACAACAAGAUCGGUGCUCUCCGGACCCUGCAAAUCGGUACUCUUGGAUAUUCUCUCUACAUUGCCAGCUUCUUGGCGUUGAACAUCCACCCUGGCGCCAAAGCUUUCGUCAUUGCUGCUGGUGCUAUCCUCGGUGUCUGUGCUGGACUGCUGUGGACAGCACAGGGGACGCUGAUGCUCGCAUACCCGACUGAGGCCAACAAGGGACACUACAUCGCCAUCUUCUGGUCCAUCUUCAACUUGGGCGGUGUCGUCGGUGGUGCUGUCGCGUUUGGAACCAACUUCCACAAGACGGCCGGCAAUGUUAACAACUCUACGUACAUCGCCUUCCUCGUGCUGACCAUCAUCGGAUGCUGCAUCCCCUUCAUCAUGACCAGCCCCAAGGACGUGAUUCGCUCCGACGGCACCAAGCUGAAGAUCCCCCAGCACCCUCCCUGGAAGGUCGAGAUCAUGCGUCUGUACGUCGCGCUCAGGACCGAUCCGAUGAUCCUGCUCCUGUUCCCCAUGUUCCUUGCUUCGAACUGGUUCUACACGUGGCAAUUCAACGACUUCAACGGCGCUCUGUUCAGCACCCGCACCCGGCCCCUGAACAGCAUGCUCUACUGGGCCUCGCAGAUCGUCGGUUCACUGGCCAUGGUGGUCAUCUUCGAUCGCCACUCGCUGAGCCGCAAGACGCGUGCGUAUAUCGCGUGGGGUCUGCUCCUCGUCAUGGUCUUCGUCGUCCACGGAUGGGGAUACACUUAUCAGAAGCAGUACACCCGCGCUUCUCUGAAGGGCGCCACUCCCAUUGAUCUCAAGGACAAAGAAUACGUCGGACGAGUCUUCUUCUAUAUCUUCUGUGGUCUCCUCGAUGCCAUGUGGCAGACGACUGUCUACUGGCUCAUGGGUGCCAUGUCGAACGACACGUCCAAGCUUGCUUACUUCACUGGCUUCUACAAGUCGGUUCAGUCAGCUGGUGCUGCUGGUGUCUGGCGCGCUGAUGCCAUCGGAACUCCCUACAUGAACAUCUUCGCCUCCACCUGGGCCCUCUGCGUCGCAGGCCUCGUCUUCGCUCUGCCGAUGAUUCACCUGCGCGUGACCGAGACGACGUCACUGGAAUCCGACAUCGUUGUCGCUGAGGUCGGCGAAAAGGAGUUCAGCAAGGGCGUUGUCUAGAUCCCAUAUAUAUAUACAUGUUUACGCUCUAUCCACGACUCUUAUAUUACUUACGAAUGGGAAGUUCUCUCUUGGGAGAUCA